CUAUGUCAUUCAUAGAUAUUGCAAUUGCAAUUUGUCUUUCAAUUUGUCAAAAUUCAAUUAGUAUUUAAGUAAUUUAUUCCAAAAAAUUCUAAUAGAAAGCCGGUUAGAUUUUACUCUACUUAAAUUUUAUGUUAAGUAAGUGUAAAUUAUUUAAUUUUGAAUAAUUUUCAUCUAAAUGAAGUUUUGUACCCACAGUAAGAUCUUCAGUAUAUCUCUCAAUAUGUCUGAGACAGAAAAUAAUACUACGACUCCUGAAGAUGACCAAACAGAAUACGUCGAAGAUGGCAAGAACAAGAUGACUAUAAAAUGUCAAUUCUGUGGAUCCAAAAUACUUGAAAAGAAAACUGCCAAAUACAUUCCACAAAAGAAAGAACUGCCGCUAAUGAAACAGGAUGUAAAUAGAAAAGAAGGUGAGGUCCAAAAAGAAAUGUUAGAUGGGUAUUAUCAUGUAGAAAACAUGUAUAUUUUUGAAAAUAUUGGUUUCACCCAUCAAGUGGAAUCAUAUAAGUAUUUAAUAUGUGCUGACUGUGAUGCUGGGCCAGUGGGAUAUUAUGAUUUGGAUACAAAACAUAGUUAUGUUGCACUGUCUAGAGUAAUCCACUGUUAGUUAUGGGACCUAUUUGUCUACUCAAAGAAUGGAUAUCAGGAUAGGUGCUUGAAUGUUUGUAUAAAGAUUGACAAUUGAACAGGGCAUUAAUUGAACAAUGAAUAUUGAAAAAAAAAAAUGUAACAUCAUUGCCUAAAUUAAAAAGUAAAAUAAUGUUUAUGGUUCAUUAAAAAAACAGUUGAUAUUUUUACUUUCUUUUUUUUGGUUUUUAAUUUUUUUUUUUCAUUUUCUUGAUGUAGUAAUAACUUUUAAUUGCUACAGUAAUUAUUUCCUCUUCUGUAAUCAAUAAGUCAUAGACUUUUUAAUAACUGCUACUUUUUUUUCUCUGCUCCUAUAUUUGCUCUACUGUUACAUUAUCUCGGCUCCUAUAUUUUUUACUCAAUUUAUAAAAGUAAUGCUAUAUGUAACUUAACUAUAUAUUCUGUCUGUUUAUAUGGUUGUUUAUCUUUUUGAUAAGUACAUAAAAAUUAAAUUUUAUAACUGUUUUAAAUAGAUGUACUUAUCUAUGUCUAGUUGCUUAAAAUGCUCUUUUUCAUUUGAAAAAAAAUUAUUAUAUUAAAUAAAACAUGUAUUAAGUAAAAAAUGUAUGUAAUUAUACAUUUUAUGUUAUAAUUUUAUUACAGCAUAUCUGCUUAUAGUAGAAAUAUAAGAUUAUAUAUUUUAGAAACAUUUUUUGUUUUUAUUCAUGUAUGAAAAUUGGCAUUCUAGAAAAAAAUUACCUGUCAGAUAUCAUCAUAGUUGUAGAAUACUGAUGGAUCUGACAAAUAUUACAUAUAUAGAUCUGUCAGUAUUCUACGACUAGGACGAUAUAUUCUAUUUAAGGCAAAUAUUUCUUAUAUACACUUGUGGUAUAAGAGUACUAGAAAGAAGUGUUGUUGAUAUUAAUUUUAAAUAAUGUGAAGUUUCAUGACAUAGGGAUCUUAAUAGUUGAAAUAAGUAGAAAAUGUUUAAUUUGCUUAAAUAAAAAUAUAAUUGUAUAGAUAUGUCAUAACAAAAUAAUGUUUUUAAUUUUGUAAACCUAUGUAUUAAUUGUUUUAAACAUAUUUUUAAAACCAAUUUUUUUUUUAUUAUUGUAUAGUGCAUGGAAUUAUAAAAGAAAUUGUAAUUUUAAAGUGAGACAAAGAAUAUAAUUUUACAGAUAUGUAACUAGGUAAUAAAUUACUUUUUUUUUUAAUUUUUAUAUUCCAAAUUUCUGUAAUAUUUUAUUGUUAUCUAUUUAAUUGAGACAUUUCUAUUAUACAAAUUGAUCAAUGUUACUAUUAUUUGAGAUCAGGUUCCUACUCAGUUAUUCUGCCCCUUCAGGCAAAUUAUAUUUGCCUCCUUUGACAAUGAUACUUUAAAUAGGCAUUGUUGUAAUUAUGCUUAUUUUCCCUGGGAUGGGGGGAGGGGCUGGCCCUUUAAAAUAGCAGGUGUGCACUCUCCAACCAGUCUUUAUAACUAAAAAAUCCCCUCAUUCUGUGGUCACUCUAGAUCAGUGUAUCCCAACCUUUUUUGUGCCAUACCCCACUUGAAUAUUUCUAAAAUUUUUAUUCCCCUAUUCAUAAUUUUUCCCGACAAAGUUUACUUGACGACUCUAAUCGCCCAGUUGAUAUUUUUGUAACGUCAAACGAAAUUAUACCUAAUAAAUAUUUA